UAUAUUUCAGAAGCUGGCUUCUACGGGCAUUAUACUAGAACAGCACUAUACUCAACCAAAAUGUGCCCCCAGCAGGGCAGCUUUACUCACAGGCCUGUACCCAUAUCGGCUGGGUCGACAGCACGAGAGUUUAUCUCCAAUGAUGCCAACGGGACUCACCACACAGUAUCCAUUGAUCUCAAACCAUCUACAAAACGCAGGGUAUUCAACUCAUGCAGUCGGGAAAUGGCAUUUAGGGUACUGCAGUUGGGACUAUACACCUACCAGGAGGGGGUUCGAUUCAUUUUUUGGAUUCUACAGUCACGGAGAGGAUUAUUAUAACAGAGUUACUCAGGAUUCGACAGAUAUGUUCUCAGGGUAUGAUCUCAGGGAGAAUGAAGCUGUAUCUUUUAAAGGGUCAGGCCGCUAUUCUGCAAACGUAUUUAGUGAUCAGGCGGUGAAGGUAAUAGAAGAUCAUAAGGCCGGUCAGCCUCUGUUCCUCUACCUGGCUUAUCAGAAUGUGCAUAAGCCUAUUCAAGUACCUGACCACUAUGCACGCAAGUACCAACCCUAUGGCAAGCUUACAAAGGAGAGUAUGAGACAGGGCAUGAUCAGCGCCCUGGACGAAGGGAUCGGGAACGUGACAAAGGCCCUGAAGAAAGCCAAGAUGUACGAGGACACCGUCAUCAUCUUUCUCUCCGACAAUGGAGGCUACACAAGGGCCUCGAACUGGCCUCUUCGAGGGAAGAAGAAUAGUGUACAUGAAGGGGGAACUAGAACGGUUUCCUUGUUCCAUUAUCCUAGGGUUAAUCCUAAACUUCAGGGUCGGGUAUCUGAGAAUAUGAUCCAUGUUGUCGAUUGGUUACCAACUAUCCUAGCUCUAGCUGGGGGUCAGGCUAACACAACAUUUCUUGAUGGAAUGGAUCAGUCCCUUCAUCUUACAGCAGGUUGGCCGGGGCCUAGAAAUGAGUUGGUUUACAAUAUAAACGAUGCUCUAAGAAUAACAGCAGCUGUACGUGUUGGAAGGUUUAAGCUUAUCUGGGGAUAUGCUGAUGGUCUGACUUCAGAUACAACCAGAAAACAAACCAAGAACAAAUAUCUUCAAACCCUUUACGAGGCAAAUGAGGCUAAAAUGGUUUAUCUGUAUGAUCUGAAGAAAGACCCAAACGAGACAACUAAUCUUGCGUAUAAGAAGAAGCGUUUAACAAAGUUUUUGAAGGAAAAGAUCAAAUCCAUUCUUCAGAGCGGAAAUGUUGUUCCACCGGAUGCACCACGCCCUAAGUAUCGAAGUUUGCCCAGAUUCUAUGGAGGUGUGGUUAGUCCAGGCUGGUGUCACGCCCAUUAAUCAAACUGAAGAAAAGUACACAAACUCAAAAAAUUGAUUUUAAAAAAAACCUUGAUAUUAAAGUUAAAAAGCAUAAAACAGUUCCUGCAUCUACCUAUGUAUGAUGGUUAAACUAUCUAGUUCAUAAAUUGUCUGCUUCAAGCAAUAGUCAGCAGGUCACGUGAUUAACCAUGUGUAUAACUCCAAGUGGGCCUGCGCUCACGGGAAAUGCCGCUACCUCAGCUAUGGACAUUAUCAAUAGGAUUUUCUUCGCUGCCAUGAAACUAGUCAAAUUCUAGUGAUAGUUUAACCCAACUUAUAUUGUUGGUCAUCUUAUUUAGAUUUGUUUGAGCAUUUAAGCCAGAGCUGAAAACUUUAAUAUGGUGGAUAUCGAGAUCAAUGCUUAAUCCUCUCUUUUUGCUAACAUCAAGACCAAUUUAGUCUUAAGAUCAAUUUCUAGCGAUUAGAGAUGCGCUCUUUAAUUUUAAAAACCCGGGUUUUAAUUUUUGCGCAUUUCUGUCGUUGAUGGUGUCAUCACUUGAACUAUAAUACCCCAUUGAACGAACGUAAGUUUUGGAUUGAUUUUUAUUAAGAUUAACGUUCAAAACGACUAUAGUCCUCAAAUGUGAUAAGUUUGUUGUUUAAUAAGUUCAAAUUAAUAGGAUUAAAUUUAUAUUUGUUUAAAUGAAAAGCCGGCUUGUGAACAACUGACUUUAGUUCAAUCAGAUAUUAGUCCAAU